UGAAGUCGGUGAGGUCAUGUUUCUGGACGCGAUCAGCCGAAGCGGCGAAAACUAACAGCCUUUAAACACGAUUAUUGUCUCCUCGAGAGGACCGGAUCCUUCCGUGACAGGCGGGAAUAAUCUCCGCUCCGUUCUCCUGAGGAUUCCAGAGGCCUGUAGUAUUUCAUGAGUCGGGCGUGAGUGUGUGUUCUAAGUUCCAUCAUGAAUAAGAACAGGAGAGAGUUCUACAGCACUGACGUGGGCGACUCCACGUUCCGUGUUCUAAAGCGCUAUCAGAACCUGAGGCCAAUUGGUUCCGGUGCUCAGGGCAUUGUGUGCUCUGCAUACGACAGUCAGGAUGAGCGGAACGUUGCGAUUAAAAAGCUGAGUCGGCCGUUCCAGAACCAAACACACGCCAAGCGCGCCUACAGAGAGCUCGUCCUCAUGAAGUGUGUCAACCACAAGAACAUCAUUGGGCUCCUAAAUGUAUUUACCCCUCAGAAGUCGUUAGAAGAAUUUGCAGAUAUGUAUCUGGUGAUGGAGCUGAUGGAUGCUAACCUGUGUCAGGUGAUUCAGAUGGAGCUGGACCACGAGCGCCUCUCCUACCUGCUCUACCAGAUGCUGUGUGGCAUCAAACACCUGCACGCAGCAGGCAUCAUCCACAGGGAUCUGAAGCCCAGUAAUAUCGUGGUCAAGUCGGACUGCACGCUGAAGAUUCUGGACUUUGGUCUGGCGCGGACGGCAGCCACCGGUCUGCUCAUGACGCCGUACGUGGUCACCCGCUACUACCGCGCCCCCGAGGUCAUCUUGGGCAUGGGCUACCAGGCCAACGUGGAUAUCUGGUCUGUGGGCUGCAUUCUGGCUGAGAUGGUUCGACAUAAAAUCCUCUUCCCAGGGAGAGACUAUAUUGACCAAUGGAAUAAGGUGAUUGAGCAGCUGGGCACGCCCACUCAGGAGUUCAUGAAGAAGCUCAACCAAUCGGUGCGCACCUACGUGGAGAACCGCCCCCGCUACGCUGGAUACACCUUCGAGAAGCUCUUCCCCGACGCGCUCUUCCCCACGGACUCUGAACACAACAAACUGAAAGCGAGUCAGGCAAGGGACCUGCUGUCUAAGAUGCUGGUGAUUGACACCACAAAGCGCAUCUCAGUAGACGAAGCCCUGCAACACCCCUACAUCAACGUGUGGUACGACCCAGCAGAGGUGGAGGCACCUCCUCCGCAGAUCGUUGACAAACAGCUGGACCAGAGAGAUCACACAGUGGAUGAGUGGAAAGAGUUGAUCUAUAAAGAGGUGCUGGACUGGGACGAGAGAAUGAAGAAUGGAGUCAUACGUGGCCAGCCGUCUCCUCUAGGUGCAGCCGUGACCAGCUCUCCUCAGCCGUCCUCGUCGUCGUCAGGUAACGACGUGUCCUCCAUGUCCACGUCGGACGCCACGUUGACCUCCGACCCCACCAUGACCUCUGACACGGACAGCAGUCUAGAGGCGGCGCUGGGGCCGCUCGGCUGCUGCAGAUGACCACGCCCAGAUCCACAAGCCACGCCCACACCGGCGACGCCCAGGAGGCUUUUCUAUUUUAUUUAGAAUGAUUUCAUGUAAUUAAUUAAUAUAUUUUGUUUUUGUUUUUUUUAUUAUUUAUGUACUUUUGGUUUGAUUUCAUUUCUAUGAGCAUUGCGUAAUGCACAGUGAUUGGCCAUCUGAACAGGAGGAGUUUUAAGGUGGACUGAUUUUAAGGUGGACUGCUCCUUCUUAAGGCGGUCCCAAUGUUCUUAAGGUGGACUUGUCUUUCUGAAGGUGGUCUGCUAUGUCUUAAGGUGAUCUGUAAUUUUCAUAGAUCAGAUCUCUUGAGGAUGAUACAGGCUUUAAGUUCUAUCGGUGUGUGUGUGUGUGCGUGUGUGUUAGUGUGUGUGUGUGAGUAUGUGUGUGUGUGUGUGUCUGUCUGUGUGAGUGUGUGUUAAAGAGCUAUGGUUAACUGAUCAUGGUCUUGCGUUUCUAAAACAGAACUGAAUGUGAGGGGAAUUAUUUUUUAUACAGCUUUAUGUUCUCACCUUUCAAUGCUGCUUUUUUUAUUCACAAUCGACAGUGAGUGUGUGUGUGUGUGUGUGUGUGUGUGUGUAUCCUGUGCCAUGAGUGUGUCUCUCCACACAUCACACAUCCACUCCAGCAGCCUUGAGUAUUAUUCUAUCAUGCAGGAGGAGUGCAGGGUUUGAAAGGGUGCGUUUGUAUGUGCUGUAUGUGUGUGUAUGUAUGUGUGUGUGUGUGUGUGUGUGUGUGCGUGUAUGGGUGUGUGUGUGUGUCUCACUGUGUAGUAGAGCUGAGCUUUAUGUGUCAUACAUGUCUGUAUGUGUGUCUGUGUAUGUGUAUGUCUGUGUGUAUACAUGUAUAUGUUUGUGUGUGUGUGUGUGUGUGUGUGUGUGUGUGUGUGUGUGUGUGUGUGUGUGUGUGUGCACUCUUUAACCUCCUCCAACUGCUGCUCUUCCUUCACGGCUCCCAGAGGUGCUGCACACGUGUGUGUGUGUGUGUGUGAGAGAGAGAGAGAGAUGAGUUGCUCCACACGUGUGUGUGUGUGUGUGUGUGUGUAUGUGUGUGUGUAUGUGUGUGAGAGAUGAGGUGCUGCACACAUAUGUGUGUGUAUGUGUGUGUGAGAUGAGGUGCUGCAUGUCAUGUCUCUUCUACAUCACGCUAUAUUUGUUUAUUUAUUUAUUUAUGGAUUUAUUUUUUAUUUGAAUGCGUUUCUUUGGAAUGCAGUGCGAUGCAGUAACGCCCUGAUUAGAACGUCCUCGCGGUCAAGAUCGUUUGAGUGUGUGUGAGGUGUGUGUGUGUAUGUGUGUGUGUGUGUCUAAGGUAUGUGUGUGUGUAAUAGGGAACAUAAGAGCGACUGUACAGAUAUGUGUGUGUGUGUGUGUGUGUGUGUGUUGUCUCAGAUGUGUGUGAGGUCAGUACUGGUCACUGCAUUCGUUGACCCUUAGAACAUCUGAGAACGCUCUGAACCGUGUGAGAUGCUUUAGAACAGGUCAUUAGCAGUGUACAUCCGCACCGUGGAAUAAACUA